AGUUAAGCUCGAGUGAUUCAUGGUGGCGCACCAGCCAGAAAGUCGCGCUCGCUUCUUGGCUCCGGCGAUGAAAAGUUCGCCCGCGAGCGAAAAGGUGUCAACGUUGUCAGAACGCAGUGGAAAACCGGAUGCAAAAUCGAACUCUCAAACUGUUAAUUUCUAAGGCAAAACAUUGUGUGUGCAGUUGGUGAAUAUGCCAGAUACAGAUGAUGACUAUGACUAUACAGAUCCAGAUACAGAUACACAUCGGAGAGAAGCCACAAUAAAGCCCGGGCGCGAAAUCAAACCAUCGGCAGCACAACAAGCACUCAACGCACAUUAGCGCAAAACGCUUCGAAUUAACACUGAACGCUAAAUUCAAAAUACAAAAUAGCAAGAAUAAUACAAUCUACAAGCCAUGGAUACAAAGCCAACUACUAAGCGGGCCGAAAUUGAACAGUUUUUGUUGGAUGUCCGCGCCCAUUUCCGAGCCUCUCUUGAGACCUCGGAGUACGAGAACGCCUCAAACCUCUUCCAUAUGACUGCUGCCGAGCAAACUGCCGCUUUGUUGGCCCGCUGCGAGAUUCUGCUGACUGCAUCUGGAUCGGGAUUGGGAUGCACAGACGAACAGGCGGCAACCAACAACCGCACCAGCCUGGUCGACUGCGUCGACAGCAAGGUGGGCGCGGAGACCGGUCCCAGCGGCUAUCUGGAGAUGCUCGCUUCCCCGACCUCUUCGAAAAACUCCCUGUCCGCCUCGCGGGAAUACAUUGAUCUGGGCAGCAGCGGGUCCCUAGAUCGGUGCUCCGUUCACCAACCGGUUACGGGAUCGUCGGACAAGGAACCACAUCAGCAGCUCUACGAGAUUUGCCAAAGCCAAGGGACGGGACAUGAUGAGGAUGAGGCCCAACAGGCGAUUACCUUCACCCACGAGCUGAUCAUCGACUGUCCGUACGCCGAUCUCCCUGCCGGCCACCUGUCCCUGCAAAGAUCUACCAAGUACGGACAGCUGCAGCGGAUUGUUCCAAAGCGGCUGUUCUUCGACCAGACUCGCAAGUGCUACUGUGGCAUCCUCAACGACUGGAUGCUGUGCUAUGCCGAUGGACCGACCUCAUGUCGACCCAGCAGCACUCUCUACCUGAAGAGCUCCUCCAUAGAGAUUGAGCACUUCGGGGAAGGCAAGCGGCGCGAUAUCUGUUUCCAGAUCACCACAGACGACCCUAACAAGAAGUUCGUUUACCAGGCCAACAAUGAAGUCGAUGCCAAAGAAUGGAUACACGCCAUUGAGGCGGCCAUCCGCGGAGAUACCAGUGGCCAUCCGCCCCUGAAGAGCCCACCGCCACGAAAACUGCCUACGCCACCGGUUCAGAAGAAAUCCAGCUAUACUGCAGCGGAUAUUAUUUAUGAGGAACCCUCUCCCAUUUAUGGCCUCAUGGACUCCUCGGCCAUGGUGCUGCCAAAGUUACCGGAGAAGAACAAUAGUCCUACCGCCUUGGCCCGGCGUUUCGAGUACGAUGUGCCCAAAUGUCCAGCACAGCCAUUGCAGGAGACCUCUACCGGAAUGGUCUCCGUUAACGGAGAGCUUGAAUCCAUUGGUCUGCUAAACGGCGGAGAAAUCAAGGCACAACCGCUGCCUUCCAGUCUGCACGGAAACAUGUCACUGGACUUUCAGGCCAGGGUAAAAACCGUGCAUAGCGAGCUCUCCACUCAGCUGUCAGCGGGCGGUCCCAGCCCUGAUCGCCUGAAAAAAGCCGUGAAGAAGAGCUACUCGAAUGGCAGUGAACCAGAAAUGCUAUCGCCUCUGGCCAGUCCAGUCCACACGCCCACCAAGGAACAGAAGAAGCAGCGCAAGUCCCCGACUACGCCUCAGUCGAGUCCAGCCAGCAAGGACUGUGAUAAGCUGGCCCGGAACUGGUUUCUCAGUCGCCUCAACAAGAGCACAGGAUUGAAAAAUACCAACACAGCCAAUGGAUCACCAAACAAUGGCAAGUGUAAGCAAAGCGAAAAGGAGAACCUACUAACGGAUGCGGAACUGGGAGAAGGAUAUGACGCAAGUCCUGGUGAUCGGGAUCCGGGCCUGCCAGGCAGCCAGCCGACGUCACCAUGCCUGAAGGCGGAGGCCAAGAGCAAGGUGAACAUGAUCAUCAACCAGUUCGAGAGCAGCGGCCACCUGUCCACGAUGUUUAGCGUAGAGGCGCUGGCCGCCAACGCAUUCGCCUCGCUGACGUCCUUCUGCGAAAGUGAUGGUUGCAACAACUACGAGCCAAUCAUGCCCCUGGCCACGACCCCUAGCAGCUUCCUGAAAAAGGUGUAGACACACAUCUGUCAUCCGCUAUCCAACAUCCGACAUCCUAGAGAGCUUGUUUAUCUUUGUAUUGUAGAUUUAAUCCCUAGGCUAGUGAAAACCACUCUCCGGAUGUCACAUAAACUUUGACAUAAAAUUUUAAUAUCAAAACAAAA